AUGGCAGCGCCUCUGAAAGCCAUCGGUGGAUUUGUCCCUCGCGCCGUCUUUGAGGUCUCGCCCUCUAUUACGCGCUCAUAUUUCUUGGGCCAUCACGCCGGCGCGCUCACCUCCAUGCGCAAGGUUCUCUCCAACAUUAACCUGAUCCUCGAGUGCCGCGACAGCCGCGUGCCCCUCACCUCGACGAAUCCGCUCCUCGAGUCCGCGCUCGCCGGCCGCAACCGCAUCGUCGUGUACACCAAAGCAGACCUGUGUGCGCCUGCCUCCGCGAACCGUUGGAUUGACAAGCAGAAAGAAUUGCUGACGAAAUUCCACUCCGGCUCGCUUGGGAUCGUCGCGGAAGAGGGAGAGAGUGGAUAUGGGGGGACAGAGGUAGUGUUCACAGACGCGGGCAGCCCACGAUCGAUUAAAAAGCUUAUAGACACGGUUAAAGAGCGCGCCAUAGCGUCAGAUUCACUGACAGGCUUGCGCGCGCUCGUCGUCGGCAUGCCGAACGCGGGUAAAUCAUCGCUACUCAACGCGCUACGCGCCGAGGGCGUGCAGCUCCCGAAAGCGGCGCGAACAGGCGCGCAACCCGGCAUCACGCGCAAGCUUAGCACGCCCGUCCGCGUGAUUGCUGAGGACACCGCUGCAGGGCUGGAAGGUGGUGUCUUCGUGGUCGAUACCCCGGGUGUCUUCAUCCCCUACGUCACCGACGUCGAGGCCAUGCUCAAGCUAUCGUUAGUCGGCUGCGUCAAGGACGGCCUAGUCCCCGCCGAGACCGUCGCCGAUUACCUACUGUUCCGGCUGAACCUGCGGGACCCGGAAAUGUACGGCGAGCUUAGUUCGCCGACGAACGAUAUCCGCGAGUUUCUUGAUAAUAUCGCUGUGCGCACGGGCAAACUGCUGAAGGGCGGCGUGCCGAGUCAAGAACAGGCUGCGGACUGGAUUGUACAGCAGUGGCGCAAGGGCAACCUGGGUCGCUUUGGGCUCGAUGAUGUUAGCGAGGAGACCUUAACUGCUUUGAGGGCGAAGGCGCUGGCUGGCGGCGAGCAACAUUUGAGUAUGAACCAAGCAAGGAAGAGGGAAAAGGAGGCUCGGAAGGUGAGAAAUACCGCUAAGAGGCAGGCUGCUGAGGGAAGUUGA